UGGAGACUGUAUUUACAUGGAUUGUGUGAAUGAUCAUAAAGGACAGUGGCAUGAUGUAGACUGUAGUAAAGAAAUGUAUUUCAUCUGCUAUAAUGGCAGCAGUAAAGGAUUCAUCAUUGUACAGGAGCAAAAGAGCUGGACUGAAGCUCAGAAAUACUGCAGAGAGAAUCACACAGAUCUGGCCAGCGUGAGGAAUCAGACUGAGAAUGAACAGAUUCAGAAGAUCAUAGACCAAAACAUAACUUCAUGUAAUAAAGAUACUCAAGUCUGGAUCGGUCUGCACAGACUCUGGGUUUGGUCAGAUAACAGCAGCUCCACAUUCACACACUGGAAAUCUAAUAGACCCGCAUCCAGAGACACUAAUCAAGAUGACUGUGCAUUGAUUGAUUGCCAAGGAAUAUGGACAGAUGAGGAGUGUUCAGAAAAGCAUCCCUUUGUGUGUUAUGAUGAGAAGCUGGUUCUGGUCCGAGAGAAUAAGACGUGGACUGAAGCUCUGAGACGCUGCAGAGAUAUGAACAUGGACCUGGUGUUGGUGGAUUCGGAGCAGAUGCAGCAGCGGGUGAUGAAUGUGACCUCGAGUGCCUCCUCUGAUCACGUGUGGCUGGGUCUGCGUCACUCCUGCACAAUGGGGAUCUGGUUCUGGGUCAACGGUCAGACCAUGUGCUACGAUCAGUGGGCUUCUGAUUAUGACAGCGGACUGGACGAUUGUGAUAAGACGGUGAGAUCCGGAGCCAUUCAGACCCAUGAUAAUCACUGGAUCAGCCUUCCGGAAACUGAAGAAAUCAACUUCAUCUGCACCAAGUACAUGUGAUCCAGAUUACACAAUCAGAUUACUAAUAUUCAUGCAUAUAAAAUACGGUAUAAAUAUAAAAUGCCAAAAAUACAAUUCCUGGUUACUUUUAAUUGAUGACAAAUUAACAAAAUGAAACUAAAUUGUUCAAGUAAUC